AUGAUAGUGUCAGUGAAAACUACAAAUCUGCAGAUGAAAUGGCUACUAAUGUUAGUGUUUUCAUUCGCAGUCAAUACUAAAACUCUAAAAGAAUCAAAUCCCCCAAUAAUAGAGUACAAACCUUUUAUUGUAUAUUGGAAUAUUCCUACAACAUCGUGCAAGAAGCGUUUUGGUGUGGACCUAAAUCUCCAGGCUUUUGAUAUUAUAGCUAACCCUGAUGAGACAUUAAAUGGACCCUAUGUUACAAUAUUUUAUGAAAAAAAAUUAGGGUAUUACCCUUAUAUUAAUGAAAUUGGAGAGAUGUUCAAUGGAGGAAUACCUCAGAAUGAGAAACUCUCAAAGCACCUUGAAAAGAGCACUACGGACAUCAAGAACAUCAUUCCUGGGGCAAGAUUCCAAGGACUUGCUGUUAUUGACUGGGAAGAAUGGAGACCUCAAUGGGACAGGAAUUGGGGUCCUAAAAAUGUAUAUAGAAUCCAGACCUUAAAUUAUAUUAAAAAUCGCUACAAUGAAUGGCCAGAAAAUAAAGUGCAGGCAGCAGCAAAACAGGAAUAUGAAAAUGCUGCCAAGAGUUUUAUGAAUUCUACUCUCCGCCUGGGGUCAGCACUCAGAUCACAAGGACACUGGGGUUUUUACCUUUACCCAGAGUGCUACAAUUAUGAUUACAAAAAAAAUCCACAAGCAUACACUGGGAAAUGUCCAGAAAUUGAAAUUACCCGCAAUGAUGGCCUCCACUGGCUAUGGCAAGCAAGUACUGCUCUUUAUCCUUCCAUAUAUUUACCACUGAUGUUGAGGGAUAGUCCACAUACCCAGAAAUUUGUUCACUAUCGAGUCAAAGAGGCCAUGAGAAUUUCCUACAAAGCUAAGCAUGACUAUGCUUUGCCUGUUUUUGUUUAUACCAGGCUAUUUUAUACCUAUGGUCUUGAGCCCUUGACUAAGAAUGAUUUAUUGUAUACCAUUGGUGAGAGUGCUGCAAUGGGUGCAGCAGGUAUGGUAAUAUGGGGAGGACUGGACCAUUCCAAUUCAAGAAACAGCUGCUUAACUAUGCAAAAAUUUGUUAACGGAGUUUUUGGUCACUACAUCGUCAAUGUGACAGCAGCUACCCAGCGCUGUAGCCGAAUUCUUUGUAACAAUAAUGGAAGAUGUGUUAGGAAACAAUCGGAGUCAUUCUCUUAUCUGCACAUGCCCCUGGGCAGUAUCAUGAGGCAUAAGUUAAAGAAGGGUCUGAAGUUUUUCCCUUCUCAAAGGGCCUCAAAAGAACAUAUACAGUACAUGAAGAAUGAGUUUAUUUGUCAGUGUUAUACUCACUGGAAUGGAAAAGUCUGUGCUUGGAAAGAUACCCACCACUCUGGAUCAAGGCAAAUCACUCUUUCCUCUGAUACAAAUAUCCUUUUCUCUUUACUUUUAAUGUUGCCUCUGACUAUGCUGAUCUUUUUCUAUCCCAUUACACUCUAACUUCUCUGGAAUCAGUCAAA